CUGGAACCCUCCCACCUUCCCACGCCUCGUAUCGUCUGCUGCCCAGCACUCUGCACGCAGCAUCACCCACCAGCAUCAGCAUCGGCACCAGCACCAGCACCAGCACCACACCAGCACCACACCAGCACCACACCAGCACCAACCCAUCACCAACACCAGUGUGAUCAGUAUGGCUGCCCCCGCAGCGGACGUCGCCCUGCUCAUACGCUCGGAGAAUUCGGCCUCGGAGCGUCGUGUCUCGCCCGCAUGGACAAUUGCUCAGCUGAAGGCGCGCCUGGAGCCGAUUACGGGUGUGCCGGCGGGCUGUCAGCGAUUGAGCUUGAAGGUCGCCUCUCAGCCUGCCAUGAUGAUCGAGGCUGCAGACGAGGAGGCCACCCAAGUAGGUGCAUGGCCGUUGCAGGCCUAUGCAGAGCUGCAGAUCGUGGACACGCGCCCCCCGGGAUCACGGACCAACUAUACCGACGUGUCCUCCGUGGAGAAGUUCGAACUGCCCAAAGAAGAGUAUGAGAGCCGCACCGAUAGCGUGCUGGCAUGGAAGAAGGCUCACAAGCUGGGUCGAUUUGACCCCAAUGCCCCCAGCAUUGAGCAGCAGAAAGUCAACGCCUCGUACCGUGAGGUCGAGGAACGCGGCAUCACGCAGAACGCACGAUGUCGUCUGCUGCCAGAAAGUGACCACCGAAGAGGCACGGUGCACUACAUUGGCGACAUUCCCGAAAUCACGGGCAGCGUUGGCGCCUGGAUUGGUGUGAAACUCGAUGAACCCACCGGAAAGAACGACGGAAGUGUCCAAGGCAAACGAUAUUUUGAAUGCCAGCCCAACUACGGCGUAUUCGUGAGGCCCGAACGCGUCGAAGUCGGAGACUUUCCCGAGCUGGACGAGUUUGCUGAUGAGGAUGACGAGUUUUGAUCACGUGUGGGAGCAGUGGUAUCGAUGCUCCGCUGUGGAAUCCACCAUCUUCCGCAAGAGUGAAAGUCUACGUCUCACAACACGCCAAAAUCGUGACGAUGUAAACGAGAGCGACAAGCAUUCUCCCGACCCCAAAUGCGGGUCGUUCGACUAAAUAAUUGCUGAGGCAAGCAGGCGAGUUCAGAUAGCUUGCAUUCGCUUGCAUUCGGGUUUCUUGAGUGAUCCUGUAUAGCUGUACAGCAACUGACAGUAGGUAGAACUGCACUGUCCACAUUGCGAAUAUACUGCAAGC